GUAGCGUCGGUGUGCGGGACGUUUAAAAGCUACGCAAAAAAAUAAAAAUAAAAAAGCUGCGCGAUUUGUUUUUGUUUUAUUAGUUGUAUGAUGUUUUAUUGUCAUCCUCGUUUAGUGAAUUUGUCACGCGUGAGACCCGGAUGAAGAAUGUCAACAAAGCGUCUCGCGAAGGAGCUGGGUCUGAUCCGGAAGCGCAGUCAGUCGUGCGGUGAUGCCCGGCGACAGCCGUCCGUCCGCAAGCAACACAUCACAUAUGUCGUCAUCAUUGAUUUUGAAUCCACGUGCUGGAGAGAGAAGACCAACUUCGGCCCGGAGAUCAGUAAGAUUCUCCUCGUGUGGUUUUAUUUUCAUCCGUCUCUCUGUUUGGCUGUCAUGUUGUCUGCUCUCUCAACAGUCGAGUUUCCAGCCGUCCUGCUGAACGCUCUGAACGGAGAAAUCGAGUCGGAGUUUCACACGUACGUUCAGCCGCAGGAACAUCCCGUGUUGUCUGAAUUCUGCACCGAGCUCACGGGCAUCACGCAGGAACAGGUGGAGUCUGCACCGCCCCUCCAGGUUUGUCUCUCCAGAUUCCUGCGCUGGUUACAAACCCUCCAGCAGGAAAGGGGUGUGGUCUUUGUUGCUGACAGUAAAAGCUUUGCCCCCUCCGGACGUCCCUGUGCUUUUAUCACGUGGUCAGAUUGGGAUUUGGGUGUCUGUUUGCUGUAUGAGUGCAGAAGAAAGCAGAUGACUGUUCCUGAUGCUCUGAAGAGCUGGAUUGACCUGCGAGCCACAUACAGGCUCUUUUAUAACCGGAAGCCUAAGGGUCUGAGAGGAGCUCUGCAGGACCUGGGCAUCCAGUUCACAGGACGAGAACACUCAGGUCUGGUGGAUGCGAGGAACACGGCUCUCCUGGCGUGGCGGAUGCUUUUGGACGGCUGUGUGUUGCGCGUGACGAAGUCUCUGAAGACGGUGAGUUGUGUCUGUCUGCCUGCCUGCACAACACCUGCACAGGCACAGGUGAAGUCCAGAGCAGCGUGUAGAAACACAGAGUGCUCCACUCGUCCGUCAGCGGUGUGUGAAGAGCAGAUGAGUGUGUGUCAGGCGCUCGUGUCACCACAUACGGUUUUCUCCACAGCGCCAUCGCGUGUCAACAAAUACAAACCAAACCUCCAGAACUCCACCAACAUCCUUCUGAGCACCACACUGGCUGCUCUCUCCGACACGACCUACGACCCCGAGACACCAGACGCCUGCUGGAAAGAUGGAGUCCUGCUGACGGAGGAGGAGGAGUCUGGCUCGUAUGAUGAUGUCAUCCUGGGGGCGGAGCUUGAGGAUGCUGUCCCGUCGGUCACAGUGAAUUCUGCCCCGCCUCUCAGAAGCAGAAACACGGAGCUCUGUAUCCGAUCCCGCGUCACCGUACAACCCAACAAAACCACAUCAAACCAUCAUCCAUCCAGACCAGCGUCCUCUACAGAACUCUUCAAAACACCCAAACCCGUCCCACGCACAGACCCGUACGCCUCUGUCUCACGCUUCUUUGGACUCAAAACUGCCCCGUUCAGUGUUUAUAAAGACCCGUCCACCCGACCGCCCGUCAGCACAUCGGCUCGGUCCUGCGUGUCCCGCCCCCCUCCUCUUUCCUCCGCUGUCAAUCAUUCAGUCAGAAGAACGUCUGCUCUGUGCGGCUGCGGGCGGAGGGCCAGACGUCUGACAGUGGGUAACGGAGGACCCAAUCACGGCCGUGUGUUUUACUGCUGUCCUGUGAGACGUCAGAGCUGUGACGGCAGACGGAAGGGCUGCGAGUUCUUCCAAUGGGAAUCCAGCACACACAACACCAGCAGUGUUAAAACUAUCUGCUGACGACCGACACGAGACACGCUUUUUUAUUCUAAUCACGAACUGUGUUUAAAAAUCAUCUUUUUUAUUUAAAGUCAUUUUUUAUGAAGGAAAACAUGUACAGUAAUGUCAAUAAAAAUGUUAAAGUUGACUGUAUGUCAUUAGUUUCCUAAGAAUUGUAUUUGUCUGUGUGAACACGCUCUAUAAAAGUUUGCAUACUGUUUUUGCACUAUUUGCCUGGCCGGGGGGGCUGCUUUAGAAUUUUAAAGUUUUACUUAAUUAAUAUUGCAUAUAGGAAUUUAUAGUCUGUUAUAUUUGACCUGUGCUUCUCUCUCCUUUAUCUUAAAUGUGUGCUCUCACUGAGCGUGUGUGUCUCUAUGUCUAUGUGUGUUAGCACGUGUGCAUAUUGUGUGUGUGGAGUGUUUUGUAUGUGGGUGUGUCUGUCUUCUUUGUUUUCAACCUUUUCUUGUUUUUGCAGGUACAACUUUAAUUGUUUUGCUUGUAGUCAAUAUGUCUCAUGUACAGCUGCCUGGUAACAAUGAAAAUUGUAAAAGCGCUAUAUAAAUAAAGUUGAGUUGAGUAUAAAAAUAAAUAUUAUGUCAAGCGUGUCCUUGCAAUUAAUAUGAAUACAAAUAAAAACAUGACAAAAGCUUAAAAUAUGUGUAUUAUUGUGGAAAUGAAUAAAUGUUGGGGAAGUUAGAACAGUAAACCGUGUACUGGGCGGCUUACAAACACUAUUGAAAUGGUGUAAAUAACUCAACGAAAACAUGUAAAAUCACGAUAUUGGCCCUGUCCCAAAUGGCGCACUUGCGGUCUCGUGGACUUAAAUUGCGCGUUCUCGCCAAGUCUACGAGUCAGUAAGGUGUCCCAUUUGUCUUUUUAGCACUCAUAAGUCUGCUCGCGAGCGCCUCCUUUGUGCCCUCGACUCCACUGAAGUCCAAUACCCAGGAAUCCUUGCGAGCGCCCAAUCACAGAACGGAUGGGAGGAGUGUCGUGGAUGUCAGACAUAUACGUAAACAUGACGGAUACAUUU